AUGCGCAACCGAUAUUUCCUUACAAAAACUGGGUCUGACAAAGCUAGACUCCGUGAGCUUGAGUUGGAGUACAAAGUCAUUCUUUCUGCAACACAUGAAAACUAUUUGCUCAGUAUUCAGUCAACCGUCAAGGAAAAUCCUUCACGCUUCUGGGACUUCAUCAAGAAACGGAAAGCUGGAAAUGGAAUCCCUGGCUCAGUCAACUUCGAUGGAACUACUUCUCGGUCAAGCUCAGAAGCAGCCAAUCUUUUUGCUACUUUCUUCGAGAGCGUGUUUAGUAAAGCAUCACCCGUGCAACGUCAAAACUGUUUUGAAAAGAUACCGUCCUAUAACAUUAAUCUACCGUGUAUACAGUUUUCUCCAGACGAAGUACAGAAAGUUCUCGAUGAGCUUGAUUCAAAGAAAGGACCCGGAACAGACAGCUUGCCUCCUGUGUUUUUGAAGAACUGGGCCGCUACGCUGGCGACGCCCAUCGCUGCUGUUUUCAACCGUUCGCUCCAAGACAACUAUCCACUAUCCCAAAUGCAUGGAAAAUGGCGUCCAUAG